CUGGAUUCUAUUUAAUAUUAAAAGUAGAGCGGGUGAACAAUGUAUUAAAUUUCAUACUCAUAUAAUUUUGUAAUUUCAACGCAAUAUGAAAUUAACAAUAAUUUGAAGUAAGGAAGGCAGACAAAUGUUUUAAUGUGUGGUUAAUUACGACUUGAUCUAUGCGUGUUUUAACUGUUUUUAUUUGUGUGAAAUUCGCAUUUUAAUCAUUUGGAUUUCGUAUUCUUAAGUGUGAUGCAUACGGUUUGGGCACGUGCCAAUGCGAUAUUUGCGUUCGUGCUUUCCGUCUUAUCAGCGUUAACGUUUUGCGUUUUCGUAUCCACCGUUUGGUUACCGAAUUCGGCACCGGUUACUUUAUCCGCAAGUAAUGUCCGCGUGAAGAAUUUCGUAGACUAUGCAUCGGAAGGUUCACGAAGUGACGUAGUAAUGGCAGAGUUGAAUAUAAAAGUUGACAUUGCUCCGGUAUUUAAUUGGAAUGUUAAAGAGAUUUUUUUGUUCCUAGUAGCAGAGUACAGCACACCAAAAACACCUCUUAAUCAGAUUGUACUUUGGGAUAAAGUCGUGAGACGUGGCGACUGGUCCACGAUACAUGAGGAGAGCAUUACACCAAAAUACUACUUUAUGGAUGACGGUACUAAUCUGCUGAAUCACAAAAAUGUGACACUUGUACUGAGAUGGAAUGUGGUACCGAAUGCAGGUUAUCUGGCAAUGGCACAAGGUGAAGGACAACACCGAGUCGAAUUUCCAUCCAGUUAUUACAGCGGUCGAUUUUAAGAGACAUGCAUAAUGUUAACAUCAAAUUUCUGUCUGUGAUUAUUGUUUUGUUGCUUCCCCUUGGAUUAUGUUGUUUUUCAAACUUUUACACAUCCAGACUUUGAAUUGGCCCACUGCUAGUACCCGCAACGAAAUAGCUGAAAAAUAAACUGUCAGGGAAAUCUGUCUUUCAUCUCGAUUUCUUUACAUGUCAUACUUGUGCUUUUCCUUUUGCUUUUUAUGUUCGAAAAAAAGAGAUGACUGGAUGAAAAGAAGUCUGGAUUUG